CAGAAACAUCUGACGUCCAUCAAAACAGGUGGUUUGAAUUCUCACAUCAAGGACACUAAACAUCAUCAGAUCAUCUGGUUUAAAGAUGUUUCCCGUCAGUUUAUUCGCUCUCUGUAUCGCUUGCCUCAUACAGGUCAAUUAUUGUGCAGCCCGGAGAACCUACGCCGUGAUCAACGGACCUGCUGUUUAUGGGAGUAACUUGGUCUACAUACCGACAAUCACGGACCAAAACUGUAUAUACGGAUCCAGCUACACCUUACCUGUCAGCUAUGACAGCUACAGUCUAAGCUACCCUAGCGUCUCCUGCAGCUGCCCCAGCUGCGUCACUUCUAGCUCAGUCAGCGUCACUCCUAGCUCAGUCAGCGUCACUCCUAGCUCAAUCAGCGCCACUCCUAGCUCGGUCAGCGUCACUCCUAGCUCAGUCAGCGUCACUCCGAGCGGUACCUACGGGGGGAAAGGUUCUGGAAAAGUGAGCGUAACCGGCACCGUCGACGCGUGCGGCUCUACCUGCGUGGCCGGAUCCGUGCCCGUGCUGGGCUCCGCGUGUUUCAACGGCUGCGCACCCGCCUGCGGGUCCGUGUCCAUCAGAGGACAGUGCGAAUGCGGUUGUUACUAAAAUACCUUUAGCAAUUUGCUUGCCUUAAAGCCUUAGUUAAAGUUAAAGGAUGACUCCGUUAGAACGGUCCAGGAUGCAUAGCCAACAUUUUUUUUUGUUCACGGAGUGGGCGAAUGCUUUUACGCACCGCCCCCCCCCCUGGCCGCGAGAAGGCAAUUGAUGGGGGGGGGGUGGGACUCGCCGCUCCUGUCCCCUCUCAACUGGCGAGAGGGGAAGGAGAACCUUGCCCUACCCACUAAACCCACUCCGGCGUUUCAUCCUCUUUGCCGUUUACGAGGGCGCCAUGGGAUCGAGUACACUCUACCAUGGAUGCAUAGCCAACAUGCCAAUCGUCUACGCUCCGUAGCGCGUAACUGUCACUGUCGCACAAUAGAAGAGAGAGAUCACCACAGACCCGUCAUACGGAUCGGACGUCAUACGGGUCAUCGGCGGAAGUAUGUAAGUGCGAAAGUGACAGGCAUAGUGACAGGUGAUAAAAAUGCAACCAUGCUGACACCGGAAUAUGCCCGGUAUCGUGAUAAAACGGAUCCCACUAUUUUUGUUACACCUUGUAUAUCGCGCAAUCUAGGUAUAGGUAACAUAUUUUACAGUACAUAUGGUGCUACUUUCUCGCACUAGUGCGUAAAGUGCACUUUUUGUGCAUAUGUCGAAAGUUUAAAGGGCCAUAUGUACUGUAAAACGUUGUUCGAUACACGUGCGAAUAGGUAAUUCACAACUCGUGUCGAUUUAAAACACUCCGUGCGGUCGUGUUUUAAUUUAUCGCCACUCGUUUCGAAUUUCCUCUUUUCCGCACUUGUAUCGAAAAUAACUAUACCGAUGUCAUUUUUUCCCAGUACUCAUUUUCGCUAUGAAACUUAUACAGGUGGAUUUUUUUUUGGGUCAGUGAGGGCAGGUGGAGGGCAGCUACCAGAUCCCGUACCGCUACACGAAAAUGGUCUUAGAAGACCUUCCCUCAAUUUAAAAUUAAUAAAGAUUGGCGUUUACUGAUUUUGGAAAAACAUACAGGUUGCUAGAAAAAGAUCAAUUUUGACAAACUUUUUUUUAUGCCAAUCGAUCCCAUUCCUAUCCAAGAUCAAAAGCUUGUAUCGGACUAAACAAAAUUUCCGACUAGAAAAGCCACAAAUCGAGGAAAACUUUUCCCAUACAAUUUGAAUAAAAAUGAUUUAUUUUUAUUUUUCACAUGGAAAAAAUUUCCUCGAUUUGUGGCUUUUCUAGCCAGACAUUUUCUUUUGGUCCCAUGCAAGCUUUUGAUCCUUGAUAGGAAUGAUUGACAUAAAAAUUUUUUGGCAAAAAUUACCUUUUCCUCGCACCCUGUAUGUUUUUUCCAAAAUCUGUAAAAAACAUGAAAUCGAGGGAAGAUACUCUAAAAGCGUUUUCGCGCACGGGAUCUGGUAGCUGCCCUCACUGACCCCUAAAAGAAAAUCCAGCCUGUAUAUUCGUUUCUUAGCGGAUUGCUAAUUUAGUAUUAUUUUAGAAAUACUAUGGGAUUACUUAGCCACUUAUACGCAUAAACAUGUGAAAGAAACAAAUGCUUAAUCGCGGCGAAAGGAGUAAGAAUUGUUACGCUUUCGUUAGGUUAAGUUCGCCUUUGUGUUGUAUGUAUUUUGAUUUUAUUUUAUCCUCAAUAUACUCAUUAUUAAUUAAGCAAGAAAAUAAAACAAAUUAAACACAAUAUCAAAAGUUAAUUGUGUUGCCAGUUAAACUAUUUUUCAACACAUAUAUACACGUACUUUUACUAAAUUAAGUGGGACCACAGAAUAACUAAUAGUACUACGUGGGACCGAGAGAAGUCAUAUCAUGGACACAGCGUCUCCGUAUCCGUAAUCCGUAAUACAAUUAGUAGAUUGUGUCACAAGGGAGCAAAAUGACAUAUUUACGGCGAGGGCGUACAAUUGAAUCCUAAACGAAGCGAAGGAUUCUAUAAUAGAAUCCUGAGCGUAGCGAGGGAUUCUAACAUAGAAUCCUGAGCGUAGUGAGGGAUUCAAGUGUUAACGCCCAAGGUGAAAAUAAUUUUGCUACCAUGUGACACAUACUGCUUUUCACAUCACCUAUGAGGAAAUUACAUACAUAUAUUAGGUUUCAAAACAUUAUUAUUUUAAGCAAAGAUCGAUACGGACAAAGUGCCAAAAAUAUGUAUACACGACCUUAGUAUAGGUACAUACUUCUGGCACUUUGUCCGUAUCGAUAUUUUCAGACGUGACUGUACCAGGCGCGGAUACAGGGGGGGGGGGGCACUAGGGGCAAUUGCCCCCCCCUGAACCCCUGACACAAGACUCGGUGCAAUUUUUCAACAAUUGACUAAAGUAUAACGAAACUGGGUCCUGUAAUACAGGGUUUCCUAGCUCAGGACACAGGGUCGUGAUUUACUGUAUUUUAAAAUUUACUUUUUUAUUUUUUUCAUUUUCAAUUGGAAAAAAAUGCCCACCCUACGUACUUAAAUAUGAGUACAACAAAUAGUUUCCAUGAUCCCGCGGCUCCGCUCGGAUUUUGACAAAACAGUGCCCGAAAGCCGCGCGAAGAGAAAUUACGUAAACGUUUCGACGGAUAUACGAGUAUGAGUAUACAUAUACAAUAACACAACGCUUUUGAUUUUAUACACUUAUAAGAAUCGUCUCGUCUUGAUAAAUUAACUUUUAUUUUGUUGUUAGUUUUUUUUUUUACAAACCCCAAUCCUUAUACCUACGAUUUAUUUCUACC